AACACUUGGCAUUCCGUGGAGUGAGGCGCGAGGGGACUCCGGAGACAGCUGGCGAGGAAGACAGGAACUACACAGACAAACAAUGGCUGAGAGGGAAGAGAUCCUCGCCAAUUUCCAGGCAUGUUCAGGUAUUGAGGAUGUCGGUGAGGCCUUCAUGCACCUGGAGGCUGCCAACUGGAACCUGUUGGAGGCACUGCAGGUGGUCAUGCCACAGGAGGCCACCACAGCCACACCCACACAUCCACCGCCACUGCAGUCAGUGUCACAGCAAGAGGUGAUAAGUGUUGACUCCUCACCCGAGUCCUUGCUUCCACCUCCUAUACCCCCCCUGCCCCCGUCCAUCUCCCCUGCACCCACACCCUCCUCCUCUCACACACCGGCAGUCAUGGACGUGAACAUUCAGGUUCUGUGUGGGGGGGCAUCCGAGGGCAGCACUUUCCCCCUGGAGCUUCCCGGGACAACGUCUGUGAGUGAGCUGCGCACAAUGCUACACCAACUGGUUGGCAUAAACCCCUGCAAUCAGAUCUUAGAAGGCUUUAAAGUCCCGGUGGAAGACAGCACAAUGAUCACCCCAGAACUGCUGCCAGAGUCCCGAACACUGUCCCUCAAUGCUCACGCUUCUGUCCCUUAUGAAAAUUACUUUGAGAGAAUCAAUGGUGCCCAUGGAGACCACUACCUCCUGCUUAUCCACGAUGAGACGGGCAACCAGGACUACAGCCUGAAGUUCCCCGGCUCCAAACGCAUCCGGGAAAUCAAGAGUGACAUGCACGACCUCACCAGCAUAGCCGUGCGUCACCAGCAGUGGACCGGAUGGCCUCCCAACAUUGAUGAGGAGAAUGCAACUCUGGCUUCAUCCGGCAUCAGCAAGCAGCACCACCUGACAGUACGGAGGGCGAUCACCAAAGAGCGAACUCCCAAGGCUCAGCGGAAGGUACUUAUGGACACAGGAGAGAACAGUUCUGGCGAUGAGUUUGAGGACGCACCAGAACUCCUCAAUGACGACGACGACUUCCUUGCCAUGAUGGACGUCCCAGCCACCAAAAAACCACAGACGUUAAUACCUGCUGACGUGGAUGACGAGGUGAUGGGAGUCAUACACUUCUCAGAGGAGUUCAGGAAUCGUUACGGGAGUUGUGUUCCCAUGUUCUAUCAGGGAUCACUGGAAGACGCGCUCAAGGAGUCCGUUCUGCUUCCUGCUAAGAAUAGGAAGUUGCUGGCUGUGUACUUACACCACGAUGGCAGCAUUCUGUCCAACGUGUUCUGCUCUCAGGCGCUCUGCCAGGUCUCUGUGGUGGACUACCUAUCUGCCAAUUUCAUUGUCUGGGGCUGGGAUCUGACACAUGAGGCAAACAAGGCGAGAUUACUUAAUUUAGUCACCACACACUUCGGGUCCAUUGCCUCAACCACAGUGAGGAACUUCAAUGUGGACAAACUGCCAGCGCUGCUUGUCAUCACCCGCACCAGAGGGGUCAUUGAGGUCCUCUCUGUCAUACACGGCAAUGGAGUGUUGGAUGAGGUGAUGACGUCUCUGCUGCAUGCGACGGAGAUGUUUGAAGAGCAGCGGGCCACAGAGGUGCAUGAGGAGGAGGCCAGGGAUGCGAGAGAGGCUGUGAAGGCUGAACAGGAUGCCGCGUAUAUGGAGAGUCUCAAGGCUGACAGAGCAAAGGCAGCAGCUAAAAAGCAAGCCGAGAUGGAAGAGAAGGAGGAGCGAGAGAGAGCAGAAUCUCUGAAACAACAGGAGGAUGCUAUCAAGGAGGCUGUGCGGGCCUCCCUGGAGACAGACCUACCCGAGGAGCCUGAUGCAGACUGCCACCACCCGGUCUCUACCCUCCGCUUCCGCAUACCUGGUGGUGAGACCUUCAGCCGCAACUUCCUGGCCAGUACAACCCUUCAGGUGCUGCUCAACUUCCUUCACGUCAAGGGCUACCCUGCGGAUGAAUACAAGUGUCUGCAGUCGUGGCCUCGAAGAGAUGUGAGCUCUCUGGACAGCUCCAAGACCCUGAUGGACUACAAGCUGUAUCCUCAGGAGACCCUCAAUAUAGAAGAGCGAUGAAGAGGUGCCGGCACACUGCGUCUGUGUCUCCGGGUGGGCAGAUGUAGGGAGGCAGGUGACUGCUGGAGAACAUCCUAGGUGAAGUUUCCCAUUAUUUUAUUUUGUGGAUGUGGUUUUUCUCAGAAGUCACAUGUAAUUCUUAUCACCUGAGGGUGUUUGUUUGGUAUUUCCUUGGAGGACACUGAAUGUAAUUACAGUAAUUCAUAUUCAGGUUUUGUUAUGAAUUUGGUGUCAAUAACGUGAAGAAGUCAAUGCUAGUGACAGAUUGUAGAACUCUGCAGGCUAUGUACAUAGGAGGCUCUACAAAGUUAACAUUUGAAGCUAAAAACUAUCAGUGUUAAGCAGAAGUUUAGCAUUUUGAAAAGAGUAUAUAUACACAUAUAUAUUUCUGAAACUUACUCAGAUAUCAAAUGUAAAUUCUUGUAGGUUUAAAUUAUUGGAAAUUAAUUAUGCAUCUAAUUUUAUAAAGAUUAAGAAUAUAAACAAUACAAUAA